AUGGCAUCCGUGGAUUUAAACCAACGAGUCUGGAAGUACAAAGCAAAGCACCAUCUCCUAAUAUUCUGUGCUUUAAGACUACUUGUCUCUCCAAUCGGCUUAUUGGGUGCAUUUAUUGAUCACUCAAAACUCUCGUCUAAGGACAAAAAAGGUGGUCUGGGUGCAUUCUCCACGGAUAUUUUUGGGGCGAUUAUCCUUGUGUGCUACUCCCUUCUUGUCUUCAAUUGCUGUCUUGGAAGAUUCUGGUUCAAAUUUUUCUGCAAAAUUCACGUACUCGGUCCAAUUAUUCUUAUAUGCAUAGAAAUCACAGAUAUAAUUUGGCCCUCGAAAGUUUUAGGGAUUAUGAUGGAUCAUGUGAGGGAAAAAUGGCCGGCUUAUAAGUACGGCGUAAUCGGUGCCUACAUCUCAUUCUUCCUUGGUCAACUUAUAACUCUCUACCUUGGUAUUUGUAUGGCCAAGCUACUCGAUGAACCUCCGAGACCCCCACCAAGACCGUCUAGGCGUAGAGAAGAAGAGGGAGAAGAGGAUAGCGAUUCCGAUGAAAAAGUGAAGAAAAGUAGUAAUAAGAAGGAGGUGACGGAAAAGGUUGAUAAAUCUGGAAAGUCGGGAAAGCUGGAGAAAUCGAAAACGAAGGAAGAGGAAUGA